AUGGAAACAGCUAUCCGUUGGUCGCCAACCUCAAAUGCGGUUGAACAAAAAUUCCUCUAUGUCGAUGUAACUGGCAAAUCGUUCAAGCUCUGCAAGGUGACAUCUAGAGAUAGCGCUUGCUUGACCUACGAUGUGAUCGCUUCGCACUCCAGGGUCCCCAUCUUUCGUGCAUUUGACUGGUCUCCAGUUGACGAGACCCUGGUAGCUGUUGGUCUGGCGUCGGGGGAGGCAGCUAUUCUUCGUAUGGACGAUAACUACCAAGCUCCGAUUGUUUUCCCCAUCCGGAAUCAGAGAUAUUGCAAUGCCGUUGCGUUUAGUACUCAGGGGCUCUUAGCGGCUGGGCUGGAUAAAGUGAGAAAUGACUUUUGCCUAAAUAUCUGGGACGUAAAUCAGCGCCUCUCCGUAAGCGGUUCUCGAGGUUACGGAUCCGAUAGACACGCGUUAGAGCCUCUCUGGAAGCUUGCGAGUUCGGAGCCCAUUAGCAGUAUCAAGUUCUUCAAAGACCAACCAGAUACCAUAGUUGCAGGAGUCAAAGGCCAGUUCGUCAGAAUAUACGAUUUACGAGAGGGUCCAGGAAACCCAUCCUUACAAUUUCCCACCCGCUGUGUACAUAAUUUAGCAGUUGAUUGGUUGGAUGAAAAUUACAUUGCGUCGUGCAAUCCAACGGGAGAUAUUUCCAUCUGUAUUUGGGAUCGCCGUUGGGGACCUCGAUUUUCAUCUGGGACACUCCCAACUACGGACUCCACUCAGACUGCGGCAGCUCUUGAGUUUAAAAAUGUUAUUGACCCAAAAUCCUCGAUAUGGAGUCUACGGUUCUCCAGAACCAAACAAGGGUGCCUAGGGAUGCUGUCUAGUGAUGGGGACUUCAAGGCGUAUGAUGUUGUCAAAGAAUAUGUUUCAGACGAAAACCGAACGUCAUUAGAAGAUCAAACCCUGGGACGAUAUUCCGCCAAAUCGUACCACGAACAUAUUUACACGAAGACAGUCCGCGAUUUCCGGAACCCUCACCUUCCUCGUGAUGGGAAAGUAGCAUCUUUUGACUUUUUGAACUUCAGCACGUCGAGUGAACCGACCACCGUUACACUUUUGGCCAAUCGGUCUGUUUCUCUAUUCACACUUCAAUCGCAGCCAUGUCCUGUGGCUCUUUCUUCUCAAAGUGUAUUAGUCCGUGGAGACAUUUCAGAAAAGAACGUAAAUUUGAGCUGUGUAAGGCCCUCAUCAGAAUCCAAUUCGCAAAUAUCCAAAACCGUGCGAAGAAUCCAGGGCCGUUGUGCAUCGCCGACCACUCAACCGAACGGCAGUUCAGUCACCAAAACAGAUAAUAAAAAUGGCCAGGACAAAAAAUCACCGGAGUAUCCUACUAAACCAGAUGUCACUCAGCAUAUCUCUGGUCGAGAGAGUUUUGAAAGAUCUUUAUCCGCAGGAAUAUUUGACACUCCAUUAACAAUCCAUGACGCUUUAGCCUGGAUGUCCAUUCCUCGAUUACGAUGUCAAGAGGGCUACCUCCUCGACGGCGAGACGAACAAAGAGUUCUUCCCUGACGACCCUGGACUGCGGGAGUUUUGGGAUUGGGUAGGGCGUGCCAGGGAAAAUUCGGCCAGUGAUUCUAUGAUCAUCCAUUCCGUGGAUAUGAAUUAUAUUGGUGUAUAUAGUAUAUGGAAUAAGAGCUUUGGUCAGAGCCUUGAGAAUCGCGUAUCCCGAUCUAAUUUGAACCAAAAUAUCGAUAUAGAUCAGCUCAUCAUAGGCCUCACAGAGGAACUUCGCAUUCCAGAAGGAAAAGGAUGCGCAACUCGAUUCCCGGCCCACCGCCGUCUAUGCCUUCGCAUCGCUGGAGCUGCGGAAUCUAUUGCUGAUUUGGAAGCAGCGGUGAACAAUCUUGUAGAAGUUCGUCAACAUACUAAGGCUGCUGCACUGGCGCUCUUCCAGGACGAACCGAAAUUAGCAUUCUUGGCUCUCAGGAAAAAUCAUCCUACUCAGGCACAUAAACUUCUCGCCAUGGCUAUUACCGGCGCGACGAAAGGGGAAAACGACCCCGACUGGGAGGAGACAUGUAGGGAAAUCGCCCAGGAGCUCACAGACCCCUACGCUCGGGCUAUUUUAGCUUUGAUGAGCAAAGGUGACUGGAAUUCUGUGAUUAAGGAGGUCACCCUUCCUUUAAGAUAUAGAGUGGAGGUCGCUCUCCGCUGGCUUCCCGACAACGAGUUAAGUUCUUACCUGGGGGAUGCGACUAUGGAUGCAAUACGCCAAGGGGAUGUUGAAGGAGUCAUCCUUACUGGCCUUAACCAUGGAGCAAUGGGUCUAUUCCAAUCUUACAUAGACAAGUUUGGCGACAUUCAAACACCUGUUCUUGCUAUGAGCCAUACUGUCCCGCGAUUCAUUACCGAUCCACCAAACAGUAUCCGAUUUGAAGCCUGGAGAGAGACGUAUCGACGGCAAGUGAAUGCCUGGAAACUCCAGCUAGAUAGGGCUAGGUUUGACGUUGAAUCACGGAAGUUGGCAGUCACUUGGGAUGGCCACAGACUCAUAAAACCGCCACCGCAACAAAUCAGUUUGACAUGCAACUACUGUACUCGUCCUCUCUCCCAGCAGGAUGAACCUGACUACCCGGUUUUCCCCUCGACCGGCAUGGAAGUCGUUCAUUCAAUAACAGCAAGCCCCCUCGGCACCGCAUCCCAGUCAGGUACUAUCUGCCCAAAGUGUGGGCGACAUAUGCCCAGAUGCGGGAUUUGUUCUUUAUGGUUAGGCACCACAGAUCCGAUGUCCAGAGCUGGUAUUGCUAGCGGAAGUACGAGCAAGCAAGCAAGUGAGGCACCUCAGGAAGAUGUGAUGAAAAGAUGA